GGUCCAAGUGCUUGGCCCACAGGGCGAGGGUAGCAUGGAGGCGCCGAUGCCACUGCCGCCGCGCGAGUCCGCUAGGUUCGUGGCCGAGAAUAGUCGCGACGUGGGCGUGGACCGCGAGGGCGUGCGCAGGGUGGCCGAGCUGCUGCUGCCCGCGGCUGUGGCGUGGCGCCUGGAGCAAUGGAAGGCCCUGCACGAGCUCAACCCGCGCGGGUCCGACGAGGCCGCGCUCGACUGGGUGUUUAUGGUGGACUCCCUCAACUUCUCCUUCUGGGCCGAGCGGGAGGAACGCAAGUGUGAGGUGCGCUACGGCGGGACGGCGUACACCGGCUACUGGGCCCUGUGCGCCGCCGUCAACCGCGCGCUCGACCAAGGGAUACCGGUGACUAGCGCCUCCUAUUACGCCACAGUGACCCUCGAUCAGGUGCGGAAUAUAUUUCGUUCAGACACAGCUGUGCCCAUGCCUUUACUAGAAGAGAGACAUCGAAUUCUCAAUGAAACUGGGAAGAUUCUGCUGGAGAAGUUUGGAGGCUCUUUUCUUAAUUGUGUCCAAAAAAGUGGAAAAAGUGCCCAGAAGUUAAUGCACCUCAUUGUGGAGAACUUUCCUUCUUACAGAGACGAGGCGUGGUUUGAGGGGAAAAGGAUCUCCUUUUAUAAACGAGCGCAGAUCCUCGUGGCGGACACGUGGAGUGUUCUGGAGGGCAAGGGAGAUGGCUCCUUCGAGGACAUCUCCAGCAUCACCAUGUUUGCUGACUACAGGCUGCCUCAGAUUCUCGCACACCUUGGUGCCCUGAAGUACUCUGACGAGUUACUGAAGAAGCUUCUAGAAGGAGAAAUGCUCUUAAAUGGAGAUAAACAAGAAGUGGAAAUUAGAGGUUGCUCGAUUUGGUGUGUCGAGCUGAUCCGGGACUGUCUUGUGGAGCUGCUUGAAAAAAGGGGUGAAAGCCCUCCUGUUGAGGUCAAUGCGAUUCUUCUGGACUAUCAUCUGUGGGACUAUGCCCGCGAGCACAGGGACGGCAUGAAGGGGGUCCCGUUCCAUCGCACGCGCUGCAUAUACUACUGACCCUGAGCGGAGUGGGUCCACUUGAAACACUUGACUUUUACAUCAUAAUUCACACGUCUGAUUCACUAUAAAGGUAGAAAUUACGCUGGGCGCCGGUGGUGCACACCUUUAGUCCCAGCACUCGGGGCACGGAAGCAGGUCGACCUGUGAGUUCAAGGAGAGCCUGGUCUACAGAGUGCGGACAGCCAGGGCUACACAGAGGAAACAAGGAAAAGGACAGGUGGAAGAUAGAAAUCGCAGGAAUAGGCCAUUCACUGUCCAGUCGCCAUUCUUUUCUUUUGUCAUAGAUUAUGUUCCCAUAAUCAUGUUGCAUAGCCUUCAGAGUUAACGUCCACGUCUUCAGUUGGUAGCAUUUCUCAACUGUUAAUCAUUUAAUCAUUUUCUUCCUUUUUCUCCUUUUGCUUUAAUGGUCCCAGGGAUUAAGCCUAUGACCUUGUAUAUGCUGAGUAAGUGCUCUACCACUGAGUCGCAUUCCUAGCUUAGUUAUUUUCUGUCUAGUUUAAUAUUGGGCUGGAGAGAUGGUUCAGCGGUUAAGAGCACUGACUGCUCUUCCAGAGGUCCUGAGUUCAAUUCCCAGCAAACACAUGGCACCUCACAACUGUAACUCCAAGAUUUGACACCCUCACACAGACAUAAUACAGGCAAAACACCAAUGCACAUGAAAUAAAAAUAAAUUUUUAAAAAUAAUUUAAUAUUAAGUAGAGAUAGUCUUUGAUGCAUGAACUAUUGCUAUUAUAGCUUUUUUUUUUUUUUUUUGUUCUUUUUUUUUUUCGGAGCUGGGGACCGAACCCAGGGCCUUGCGCUUCCUAGGCAAGCGCUCUACCACUGAGCUAAAUCCCCAACCCCAAACUAUUGCUAUUAUAAAAGUCGGUUGUGAACGCUUGGUACGGUGUCACAUACCACCAUACGUAUGGUGGGGAUGGAAUCCCAGCACUCAGAGGAUGGAGGCUGGAGGAUCGUGAGUUUUAGGCCAUCCUGGACCACUCAUAAGGCAAAAAUAGAUGCUUCUCCACUCGGGGCAUUUGCUUCUCUUGUAGAGGGCACAAGUUUGGUUCCCGGCACACAUGUUGGGCACUAACAGCUCCUGGUAACUCUAGCUCCCAGAGAGCUGGUACUCUGCAGGACUCCAUUGUCAAACGCACACAUAAAAUGAAAGUCUUAAAAGUAGGGCUAAGGAUGCAGUGCAGUUGGUGAAGUGCCUGCCUGCCAGGCCGAAGGCCCUGGGCUCAGUAGACAGCACUGUGUGAAACCAAGUGUGUGCUGUCACCUUCCAGGAAUCCCAGCACUGAGGUAAACUCAGGGAGGUCAGAAACUGAGCGAACGGGCCAACCCGGAAUACUUAAGACCUUGUGUUUUUAAUACAGAUUUAAUUCAUUGAGAAUUUUCUACACUGUACUUUGAUCGUAUUCACUCCCUAACUCCUGCCAGAUUCACCCUCAUCUCACCAACUCCAAGACCCGAUCUUAGAAAAAUAAAGAUCAAUCUUUGCAUUUUA